CCAGCAUCCAUACAACAAUAUAAGCUACCAAUUUUAGGGGCAAUGAAAGAGAGACCAUUGAGUUCUAUGUAUACAAAUGGAAUUGACAACAAAGUCUCUUUCUCAUGCCAACCUUCCCAAAUCUCCAACAAGCUUCCCUUCUUCUGCUUCUCCUUCUUCUUCAUUCUUUCAUUCUAAUUCAGUCUCCUUUCGGUUCUCCAAGUCCAUUCUAACACAGCUUCAAGCUGUAAAGAUCAAAGGAAGUCAACAGAAGAAGAAGAAUGUUGGAGUUGUUUAUGCUUCUUCUGAGGCUGAAAUUCCACCUAAAGAGGUUGAUGUUGCACAAAGAUGGCUUCUUGAGCCUGUUGGUGAUGGAGAUACAAGGCACAUAGGUUAUAAGGUUGAAAGACCAGGUGCAUAUGAGAUUGCUUCUGAUGAGGUGACUGUUGGCCGUCUUCCUGAUAAAGCUGAUCUGGUGAUUCCGGUUGCUACAGUAUCGGCUAGACAUGCGCGAAUUAAGAAAAGAGAAGAUAAUCUUCUGGUCACAGACUUGGACAGUACCAAUGGAACAUUCAUUAAUGAGAAGAGGCUAAGAGCUGGAGUUGUUUCCGCAGCACCACCAGGAAGUCUUAUUACAUUUGGAGAUAUUCAUCUGGCUGUCUUUCGUGUCUCAAAACUAGAGAAUGUGGAAACUUCAAGCAAUCCUGAAGCAUCAGAAACUGAGCCUGAUAAUGUCAAAGAAACAUCAAACUGAGAUUUAUUGUUAGUGUUUUGUAAUUAUUAAUUUAUCAUAUAUAUUUCUCUUGUCUGGAAAAUAUUUCAUUCCUAUAGCUGUAUUUUUCUUAUUUGUGUCCAAAUUUUGACAAUUUGAAUUUUCGCCAAAUAAACUGAAUAGAGAGAUGUGCAAAAUUAUGAUUUUCCAAA